AUGGCCCGGGACGCAGCCCUCCCGCCGUCGAAAUUGUCGCCGCUGAAGCUGCCUCUACUGCCAUUGCUGCUGCUACUGCUCCGGGAAACCGGAGCCCAGGAUGUGCGAGUUCGGGCCGCAGCCGAGGUGCGGGGCCACCUGGGGGACACCGUAGAGUUGCCGUGCCACCUGCUGCCCCCAGCGCCUGAAAUCCGAGUGUCUCAGGUGACGUGGCUGCGCCUGGACGCGCCUGAGGGUAACCAGAACGUGGCCAUCUUCCACCCCCAGUAUGGUCCCAGCUUCCCCAGCCCGAAGCCAGGCAAGGAGCGGCUGUCCUUCGUCAAUGCCGGGCAGAGCACCGGGGCCGGGCAAGGCACAGAGCUGGAGGUGCGGGACGCCACACUGGCCCUCCGGGGCCUGACGGUGGAGGACGAGGGCAACUACACCUGCGAGUUUGCCACCUUCCCCCGGGGCACCAGUCGGGGAGUGACCUGGCUCAGAGUCAUAGCCCAGCCCCAGAACCAUGCCGAAACACAAGAAGUCACACUCAGUCUGGAUCCUGUACCCGUGGCCCGCUGUGUCUCCACGGGCGGCCGGCCACCUGCCCGAGUCUCCUGGCUCUCACCCUUGGAUGGGGAGGCCAGAGAGAGCCAGGUGUCAGGACCCCUGCCUGGUACAGUCACCGUCACCAGCCGCUUCACCUUGGUACCCUUGGGCCAAGCAGAUGGUGUCAAGGUCACCUGCAAAGUGGAGCACGAGAGCUUUGAGGAGCCAGUUCUGCUGCCUGUGACCCUCUCUGUGCGCUACCCCCCUGAGGUCUCCAUAUCCGGCUAUGAUGACAACUGGUAUGUCGGCCGUAGUGAGGCCUCCCUGAACUGUGACGUCCGCAGCAAACCAGAGCCCACAGGCUACGACUGGAGCACGACUUCAGGCGUCUUCCCAGCCUCAGCAGUAGCCCAGGGCCCCAAGCUGAUCGUCCACUCGGUGGACCGGCUGUUCAACACCACCUUCAUCUGCACCGUCACCAACGCCGUGGGCACGGGCCACGCCGAGCAGGUGGUCCUAGUUCGAGAGACACCCAACACAGCAGGCGCAGGGGCCACAGGUGGCAUCAUUGGGGGCAUCAUCGCUGCCAUCAUUGCGACUGCUGUGGCCGCCACAGGCAUCCUCAUCUGCCGACAGCAGCGGAAGGAGCAGAGGCUGCAGGGGGCAGAGGAGGUGGAGGACCUAGAGGGGCCUCCCUCAUACAAGCCGCCGACUCCAAAGGCAAAGCUGGAGGAGCCGGAGAUGCCCUCCCAGCUCUUCACCCUGGGGGCCUCGGAGCACAACCCACUCAAGACCCCCUACUUUGAUGCUAGUGUCUCGUGCGCUGAGCAGGAAAUGCCUCGAUACCAUGAGCUUCCCACCUUGGAAGAACCGUCAGGGCCCCUGCUCCUGGGGGCCACGAACCUGGGGUCCCCCAUGCUGGUGUCUCCAGGGCCACCUGCUCUGGAGAGGGUUUCCCUGGAUCUAGAGGACGAGGAGGAGGAGGAAGACUAUCUGGACAAGAUCAACCCCAUCUACGAUUCCCUGUCCUACUCCAGCCCCUCUGAGUCCUACCAGGGCAAAGGCUUUGUCAUGUCCCGGGCCAUGUAUGUGUAA